AUGGGUGCCACCGACGGCUUGUCCCUAGGUGGCUUGCUCUUUCCUUCCUCUCCCACCUAUCCGAAUCACGACUAUCAAGCUUUGGGCAUGUCGAUCGGUCUCCUGACCACGCUGGUGGCGAAUGCUGGAAGCUUAAUGGGCUCCGAAAUCAAGUUCGGCGUGGCUGGUGCCAGCAUUCCCACGGUGAUCAUCCUGGCGGAGUAUUUCAAGACGUUGGGCCCAGCCAAAUGCGCCACGAUCUAUACCAUGGCAGCCAUUUGCACCGUGCUGAUCGGCGGCUGCGUUUGGCUGGUAGGACAUUUGAGAUUGGCUCGCCUCGUGAAGGCCUGUCCCUUCGUGAUCUACGGAGGCUUCAUGGCCGGCACCGGCGCCGUGCUGUUGCAGUAUGCCCUGAACCUGAUGACUCCAGGCUUUGCAAGCUUGGUGGAGCUUGGGAGCUACACGUGCUUGUUCGAGCUCAAGUGCUUGCACGAAUGGCUUCCGGGCUGCCUGGCAGGCAUCGGCAUGUUUACGCUCCGAGCGCGCAAUGUGAAGCUGCCCUACAUCUCCCAGGACCUUUUGAUUCCGAGCAUUCUCUUGGCAGAGGCUGGUGUGUUCUUUCUCUGGAUGCUGGUGUCGGGCACCGGCCUGGAAGCCGCCCGCGGCCAGGGGCUCCUCUUCCCGGUGCAGAUGCCCCAACAUCCCGUGUUUUACCGCAUUUGGACACAACACUGGCAGUCGGAGCCGGUGGAUUGGCAAGAGUUUCUCUCUCCGACCUUCUGGCUGACGGUGGUGAAUGCAGCCUGCAUCUCAGCCCUGACGGCCGUCAUGAACAUAUUCGGCACGGCGUCCUCCACGCAGAUUCGUGUGGAUAUUGACCAAGAAAUGAUGCUUCAUGGCAUCUACAACAUGGGCAGUGGCCUGCUCUCUGGACUGAGCGCCAACAUGGUGAUGUCUUUCAGCAUUACCUGCCGAACACUGGGGGCCGACGGCCAACAGUUCCAGAUUCUGCUCUUCAUUUUUUCGUGUCUGGUCUUCGUGAGUGGCGACUACGUGGUGGCAGUGCUUCCCAAGCUCCUUCCUGGCUCGGUUUUGGUUUGGCUCAGCUUGGAGCUGAUGGCGUUCUGGGUGUGGGACUCUCUUCGCUUCCUGCGAGCCUAUGAGUAUUGCUUGGUCUGGGUGAUGAUUCUGAUGUACGUGAUUCUGGGCACCGCUCCCAUGAUGCUCUUCGGCUUCAUCUCGGUGGCGGGCAUCGUCCAGGCGCAGCUGGCCACCAUCCCGGUGCUCGGCUCGCGGCAGACGCUCGGCAAGCUCCGCAGCCCCAGGCUUCACACCACGUGCGACCGGGAGUACCUCAACCGGGUGGGUUCGCAGGCGGAGGUUUGGAGGUUGCGCACGGCCUAUCUCUACUUCGCCUCGAUGCGACAGAUCGUCCAAGCGCUGGAGCACUUCAGCCAGCAGCGCCACGUUUCUUAUCGACGACAUCCGAGCGCCGGCGCGGACGAUUUUCCGUUGGAUCUGCCGGAGUUCUCCUUCAGCCACGUGGUGAGCUGUGAAGCGAGAGCACAUCCCGAGUACAUCAUCUUGGACCUGGAGCUGGUGAGUCAAAUGGAAUCCACCGCCAUCAGUGCCUUUCAGGAGGUCUUGAGCGUGGCCAAUGAGCUGGGAUGUUCGUUGAUCUUGGCGAAUGUGGAUGAAAGCGUCUAUCUGCAGAUGCGAAGCUUCGGUCUGCCCAUCUUGGACCUCCAGGAUCAGAUUCCAACAGAUGCUUCUGCCCUCCUGAUGGCCAACACCGUGGAAGAUGCCCUGGAGAUGGUGGAGGACGCCUUCCUGCGGAAGUACCAACCGGCGCCGGGCCACUGCCGAGGCCACACGCACUUCGGCAUCCGGUCGAAGUUGGCCAGCAGUGUGAAUCCGUGCUCGCCGCUCUUCGGUGUUUGGCUGGACUUCCAUGUUUGGUUGGAGUCAUCUUACGAAAGCUACAAGCCUGAGCUGCUAGCACAGUUGGAACCCUUUCUGGAAAUUCGCCACCUAAAGCAGAACGACCUCUUGUACGAAGCACCCCAUUUCCGCCACUCGCAUGGUGCGCAAGGUGCCUGGAUGACGGAGGCUGCUGAGUGCCGGGUGCCAUUAGUCUGGCUGCUCCAGGGUGGAGUGGACCAUCUCUGGAAUCCGCACAGCGAGACCGAACAGUCCGUGAGGGCGUUUCAAGACAUGCACCGCCUGACACCGAAAAGGCCCUUCGAGAAGGCACGCAUCACCGAAACCACCGGCUCCUGGUGUGCCGGACCCUUCAGCACCAUGAGGGCCUUCUUGGCGCAAACGGUGCCUUGGCUCCGUCGCUGCAGCGCAGCGGGCGCACCCUGGCACACUUAUCGCCACCGAUGCCAGCACAGUAGCCAUUUUGCGGCAAGAGAAGUACGAUGA